CCGGGCCGCGCCGCGCCGCUUCGGCAGCUCUUUGUUGUCUCUGCCGGUUCGUGGCAGCGGCGAGAUGUCACAGGAGAGCCUGCUCGGCAUGGAUGAGGGCGCGCUGCGGAAGCUGCUGGAGGCAACGCUGGACCUGGCUGAGCGGCGCCGCAUCCGCUCGGCCAUCAGGGAACUGCAGCGGCAGGAGCUGGAGCGGGAUGAAGAGGCGCUGGCAUCUAAGCGUUUCCGCCCAGAACGUGGCAGCCACCAGCAGGACAACAAGGAGAACUGGCCACGGUCCCGGCACCUGGAGGAGGAGCAGCAGGCAGCCCUGGCCACCUUGUCCCGGCAGCUUGAAGCCAUCACCGAUGUGGAAGAGCUGACAAAACUGCUGCGGGCAGCAGGUGAGUACGAGGAGCGCAAGCUGAUCCGAGCUGCCAUCCGCAAGCUACGGGCUGAGGAGAUCGAAGCUGCAACCCUGGCUGGGAAUGCACAGAGCACGCAGAGGGUCGGCAGUGAGUCCUGCACUGUGCCUGGGGAUGUGAAAAGCAGUCGGAGGGAUGAUGCUGAAACACCAGCCCUGGCUGGGAGGGAGAAGAGCAGCCAGAGGGGUAACAUCGAGCUGCCAGCCCUGGCAGGGUGCGGGGAGAGCUGUGGUGAGGCCAGUGCCGAGCCCUUGGACACAGCCAGGAGCAGGGAGAGCAGCCAGCAGGAUGAUGCAGAGCCACCAGCACUGGCCGGGCCAGAGGAGAGUGGCCAUGGAGGGGCUGCAGAGCAGCCCACUGCCCAGGAGCCCAGCAGUUCAGCGGCCCGUGAGCAAGAUGACAUGGUGAACCAGGAAUGCAUCCCAGGUGGGAUGCAGGAGCUACACAGCUGGCAGGCAGGAGACUCCCAGAAAUCCAGCACCCAGGCUGCAGUUUCAGGUACCCUGGUGCUCCUGGAGCUGCAGCUGGCCCCAGAGCCUGUUCCACAGCUCAAAGAUGCUGGCAAGGACCUGAAUCGGGGUCAGCUGUGCUCCCCAGUUACUGCCCAACCCAAUGGGCACCAGGCAGCCUGGAAAGAUGGGAGCCCAGGCAGCCCUGCCACCACCCAGGAGCCCAGUGAGCAGCAAAGCCACCGAGUGGAGCAGCCCCCCCCCAGCCAGCCCAGUUCUGGCAGCCAGCUUGGUACCGCGGUGCAUGGUCAUGUGCCAGGGCCAGCCGGGAGGUGCAGGGAGCAGUCAUCGGUGGCAGUGCCAACCCAGGAUGUGGCAGGGACCCCGGCUCGCCUGAACACUCACCAGUGGGAGCAGACAUCCUCCUCCCUGCGCCUGCCUGGCCGCACAGAGCCGAACCCCGCCGCUCCGCCGCUGCGGGCUGCCUCCGUGCGGGAGCGCGCCCAGCGGUUCGUCCCUGCCGGCGCGGGGCCGGCCCCCAGCGCCGCGGCAGCGGCGGGGGGACGGGCCAGGCCCGGCCAAUGGCAACGGGGGCCACGCACGGCCACGCCAGGGCCCUCUCAAAACUCGCGGGGCUGCGGCGGAGGAGGCGCAGAGCAGUGCCCGGCCUCGGUCGCCGCCGGUCGCAGUCCUGGCCUCGACGGCAUGAAGACCUACUUCACUAUCGAGAUCAAGGAUGGGCGCGUGCAGCCCCUCACACCUCGCGUCCUGGCCACUCCUGGCAGCCAGCGGGCAGAGGUGACCCUGGGGCUGCGGAGCACCCCCAUCCGCAUCACUACCAUCCCCAGCAGUGUCAGCAGUAUCUGCAACAUCAGCAGCAAUGUCACCAAGGACCCUUGCGCCCACUUUGAGGGCACUGAGGAGCUCAGCGGCCCCGUGGCCCAUCCGCCCACUUUCUCCAGCACUCGCCAGCAAUCAGCCCUGCAUCUCUCCCGGAGCAACAGUGGUAUGGAACCAGAGAUGGUAGAGCAGCCCCAGGCACCAAGGCUGGAGUCAGAGCUGCCCAACGGCAUGGAGAAGGUCCAAGUGAGGGAGAUGGAGAGAAGAAGCAAACUGAACGUUGAGGAACUGAACAGGAUUGAGGAUGAGGAUAUUCUGGAUAAGAUGCUGGAUCAGACAACAGACUUUGAGGAGCGGCGACUGAUCCGAAAUGCCAUGCGGGAGCUGCGCCAGCGCAAGAGAGACCAGCGAGAGAAGGAACGGGACCAGCGGCUGCAGGAGACUAGGACCCAGGCUAUCGCAGGGAGGGCUGGGCACACCACAGAGACGACCACCACACAGAGCACCCAGUCAGCCGAUGGCUUGGCACGCAGCACCGUCACAAAGACCGAGCGGCUAGUCCAGUCUAGCAAUGGUACCAAGACCUCCCGUACCACAACCAUGGAGUCGAGUUAUGUGAAGAGAUCGGAUAAUGGCAACAGCACAUUUGUUCAAACCAAGUCAUCCUACAGCUCCUCUUCCAAGAAGACUGGCAGCAUCUUUGACCGUGAAGAUGAGAGUGCCUCGAGGCAGAGCAGCCUGGCUGCGCUGGAGAGGCGCCAGGCUGAGAAGAAGAAGGAGCUGAUGAAAGCUCAGAGUCUGCCUAAGACAUCAGCCUCACAGGCUCGCAAGGCCAUGAUGGAGAAGCUGCAGAAGGAGGGUGGGAGCUCACCAAACCCCAUAGCGGCACGCACUGCGGUGCAGCGCUCCUCCAGCUUUGGCGUACCCAAUGCCAACAGCAUCAAGCAGAUGUUGCUGGACUGGUGCAGAGCCAAGACCCGGGGCUAUGAGCACGUGGACAUCCAGAACUUCUCAUCCAGCUGGAGUGAUGGCAUGGCCUUCUGUGCCUUGGUGCACAACUUCUUCCCUGAGGCGUUUGACUACAGUCAGCUGACACCCCAGAAUCGUCGCCACAACUUUGAGGUGGCCUUCUCCUCUGCAGAGACGCUGGUGGACUGCGUGCCCCUGGUGGACGUGGAAGACAUGAUGAUCAUGGGGAAGAAGCCGGAUGCCAAGUGUGUCUUCACCUAUGUGCAGUCCCUCUACAACCACCUGCGUCGCCACGAGUUGCGCAUGCGGCAGAAAGAGUGCUAGAGCCUGUCCUGCCUGCCACCCCCUGCUCUCAAGGAGCUGCCUGCCUCAGGAAGGCCUGUGGUGGGGAGGGGCUCUGCCACAGGGCACCCCUAUGCCUCUGCCUUGCUGGAGCCCCCUCUGCCCUGUCCAGCUGUGGGCUGACCACGUGGGCAGGGCAAGGCAGGCACUGCCAGGAUGCUCUGCAGCUUGGCUUGCUUCCCACACACCGGUGUGUUA